AGAGAGAUAUGGUUAGUCUGCUCAAACUGCAGCCACCAGCCAAAGACAGAGACUAAAGACAGAAGUGAGGGUUGUGCUUUAGCAGCAGGAUGGGCUCCAACAGCUCCAGCGUGAACAACAUCCCAAACGCCCAGGAGCUCAUGCAGGAGACUGGCUUCUCUGCUGCGCACAUCCUCCGUCUGCAUGAGAGGUUUGAGUUUCUGGACAAAGACAAGAGAGGACAGCUCAGUCCUCAGGAUUUCGGAGCACUGCCGGAGUUGGCCCUGAACCCCAUCGGAGACCGAAUCAUCGGUGCCUUUUUCUCUCCAGGACAGGAAACGGUGGACUUUGCCUCCUUCGUUCGGAUUCUGGCUCAUUUCCGUCCCACAGAAACAAACCGAACCAGAGAUGAAGCACAGCAGGAGCCGGUCAACAGCAAGACCAGAAAACUCAAAUUUGCUUUUCAGUUGUAUGAUCAGGACAGAGAUGGAAAGAUUUCCAGAGCCGAGCUUCUUCAGGUGCUGCGGGCGAUGCUGGGGAUCCAGGUGACGGAAGAGCAGCUGCAGAGCAUCGCUGAGCGAGCUAUCCAGGAGGCUGACCUGGACAAAGAUGACGCCAUUUCCUUCGACGAGUUCAGGAAGUCACUGGAGAAAGUGGACAUCGAUCACAAGAUGAGUAUUCGCUUCUUAAGAUAAAGACACUGCUGAUGUUGAAAAGAAGGCAAUCGGAUGCUUGUUCUCUUUACUAAACUUGUUAGAGGAGAUAAAGAUUGAGACACAGCGUGUGAAAUGAUGUGGUGGCCUGGUGGAUUCGGUCAAAGAUUAAGAUAUCUUUUAAUUGGUAUAGAUACAUCGAAGGAGUCUAAUGUGAUCCUGCUACGAGUUGACACCAAAAAACAUCUGCAGCGCUGAAGCACAGGGCUGUAAAUGAAUAUGGAUGAUAAGAUGUUCAGAUAAGAGAAAGUAAUCAAUGAGGUGGGGCACACAGGUGGUGCAGGGCCCUACCAGCACAGAGACCUAGGAUUCAGUUUUCUAAGAGUUAAGGAGAAACUAAACCACUGGACAUACAACAACUAGAAAAGCAACUCAGAGUAGAGUAAGAGUAGUAGCAAGCUCUAUCUAACAAAACCAUGAAGCUAACUAUGGCUAAGUGAAUACCUUAAGAAUUAUAUUUUAGUGUGAUGAACAAAAGAACAGAUACAAGUCUGUACACACUGGCACUUGACAUCAAUUAAAACAAAUUAUCUUUUUCUUUCCAAAACAGUGCUCAAACAUUUCUCUGAUAGUAAUCAAUACUCCCAUAUGCAUUUUAAAUACAAACACAACUGUCAGUCUGGUGGGAGCUGGUGAGG